UGUAAACAUUUAAUGGACUUUACGAAGAGUCUGGAGUCCUCUGUUAUAUGAAUUGCUUACCAGCUUCUAUACCAUAGCGUUUCUGGUUGCAAGUACUUACUUAACCAUCUUGCCAGAGAAAGUUGACAAUCUGAUGACAACAUAGGGUUAAAAUGUAAAAUUAAAAACAAUAAGGGAGAAAUUAUGGAAUACAGAUAAACAUUAGGGAUCAAAAUGAAAGAGGACCAGAAAGAGAAAUCUACCGUCUCUUCUUCAAACCAAACCCAGAACCCCCGUCCGACGUUUUCCCGGUGAAGAUAGAGAUGCGGAGGAUCAAUUCACUGUACGGAAGAAUUGGUAUGCUUAGGAGAGUACCCGAAGAAUCUACGAAGAAAUCUCAUACAUUGCUCGCCUCUCUCUCCUUCUCUACGGAAGGUAGUUAUGGCGGUGACGGUGAGCUUCAGCAGAACAGCUCCAAAGUCAAGAUCUUUGAUCGAGAUCUCAAGCGAAUACAUCGUGAUCGAGCGGCGUGGCUUUCUCGCCAAAAAAACGAUUCUUUUGUUGACGCUGUUGCAGAGAAUCUACUUGACCGCUUAGAGGAUUGUAAGAAGAGUUUUCCCACUGCAUUUUGUUUGGGAGGAUCUCUUGGUGCUGUUAAGCGAUUACUACGUGGUCGCGGUGGGAUUGAGAAGCUUAUCAUGAUGGAUACUUCAUAUGACAUGAUUAAAUCAUGUAGAGAUGCUCAAGAGGAUUCACUCGAUAACUCCAUUGAAACAUCUUAUUUUGUUGGUGAUGAAGAGUUUCUGCCAGUCAAAGAGAGUUCGGUUGAUUUGAUCAUAAGUUCGUUGGGGCUUCAUUGGACAAAUGAUCUUCCUGGUUCCAUGAUACAGUGCAAACUAGCGCUGAAGCCUGAUGGCCUAUUUUUAGCAGCAAUUCUUGGCGGAGAAACCUUAAAGGAGUUGAGAAUAGCAUGCACUUUGGCUCACAUGGAGCGAGAAGGAGGUAUUAGUCCCCGGCUAUCACCUUUGGCACAGGUUAGGGACGCAGGGAAUCUCUUAACCAGGGCGGGUUUUAGUCUUCCUGGUGUUGACGUUGAUGAAUAUGUAGUCAAAUACAAGAGUGCGAUGGAUCUUAUAGAGCAUCUUCGUGCGAUGGGUGAAACCAAUGCUCUUCUCGAGAGAAACAAGAUUUUGAAUCGCGAAACUGCUCUGGCCACGGCAGCCAUAUAUGACUCCAUGUUUGCCACAGAGGACGGCACUAUACCUGCUACUUUUCAGGUAAUUUACAUGACAGGAUGGAGAGAACAUUCGUCUCACCCGCAGGCCAAACGAAGAGGUUCAGCCACCGUAUCCUUCACUGAUCUCCAGAAGCAAUUUGGCGGUCAAUCCUGAUGGAAUGAUUAAAGAGGAGAACACAUUCAAUAAACAGAGACUUUACAAUGAGACUCGAGAGAAAUCAGUGACUUAUCUAUAAAAUACUGUGAGGAACUCAUUCACUGGGCGAAAGCAUCGCAAUCAUGACAAAUGCUUUCACCCAAUAAUGUAAUAGCUGAUCAGAAGCAUGUUUGUAUUUUACAAAAAUAGUUUGAAUACUUAAACUCAAUCUUCAAUCACGAAACAUUAUCUC